AUGGACCGCGCGCGGAGCGGUGCCGCAGCCGCGGACGAUGAGAUCGAGAAGCACGAGCCGGUGCCUGAGGACAUGGAGUCUGACCCGGCGGCGGCGCGUGAGAAGGAGCAGGAGCAGGUGCGGCCGUGGCGGGAGCAGGUGACCCUGCGCGGCAUGGUGGCGGCGCUGCUGAUCGGCUUCAUGUACACCGUCAUCGUCAUGAAGAUCGCCCUCACCACGGGUCUGGUGCCCACGCUGAACGUCUCCGCGGCGCUGAUGGCGUUCCUCGCGCUCCGCGGGUGGACGCGCGUGCUGGAGCGCCUCGGCGUCGCGCACCGCCCCUUCACGCGCCAGGAGAACUGCGUCAUCGAGACCUGCGCCGUCGCGUGCUACACCAUCGCGUUCGGCGGUGGGUUCGGCUCCACGCUGCUGGGCCUGGACAAGAAGACGUACGAGCUGGCCGGGGCCUCGCCGGCCAACGUGCUGGGGAGCUACAAGGACCCUGGAUUCGGUUGGAUGGCCGGAUUCCUCGCGGCGAUCAGCUUCGCCGGCCUCCUAAGCUUGAUUCCCCUCAGAAAGGUUUUGGUCAUUGACUACAAGUUAACUUACCCAAGUGGAACUGCAACUGCUGUUCUCAUAAACGGUUUCCACACCAAGCAAGGAGACAAGAAUGCAAAGAUGCAAGUCCGUGGGUUUCUGAAGUACUUUGGGCUUAGCUUCAUAUGGAGUUUUUUCCAGUGGUUCUACACAGGCGGUGAUGUUUGCGGUUUUGUUCAGUUUCCUACCUUCGGUCUGAAGGCUUGGAAGCAAACAUUCUUCUUUGAUUUUAGCCUCACAUAUGUUGGUGCGGGGAUGAUUUGUUCGCACCUUGUGAACAUCUCCACCCUCCUUGGUGCCAUCCUGUCAUGGGGGAUACUGUGGCCACUCAUAAGCAAACAAAAAGGGGAUUGGUACCCUGCAAAUAUACCAGCAAGCAGCAUGAAAAGCUUAUAUGGUUAUAAGGCUUUCCUCUGCAUAGCUCUGAUCAUGGGAGACGGUACUUACCACUUCUUUAAGGUCUUUGGUGUCACUGUUAAGAGCCUUCAUGAACGACUGAACCGGAGACGUGCUACCAACAGAGUGGCCGACGAGGGCAACACGGCAGCGAUCGACGACCUGCGGCGCGACGAGGUCUUCAACCGAGACUCCAUCCCGGCGUGGCUCGCGUACGCCGGGUACGCCGUCAUCAGCGCCGUCGCGGUGCUCGCCAUCCCGAUGAUGUUCCGGCAGGUGCGGUGGUACUACGUGGUGGCCGCGUACGCGCUGGCGCCCGUGCUGGGCUUCUCCAACUCCUACGGCGCCGGGCUCACGGACAUCAACAUGGGCUACAGCUACGGUCAGCUCGCGCUCUUCGUCCUCGCGGCGUGGGCCGGGCGCGACGACCGCAUCGUGGCCGGCCUCGUCGGCUGCGGGCUGGUCAAGCAGCUGGUGCUCAUCUCCGCCGACCUCAUGCACGACUUCAAGACGGCGCACCUGACCCUCACGUCGCCGCGGUCCAUGCUCGCCACGCAGGCCGUCGGCGCCGCCAUCGGCUGCGUCGUCACGCCGCUCACGUUCCUCCUCUUCUACAGGGCGUUCGACGUCGGCAACCCCAACGGGUACUGGAAGGCGCCGUUCGCGCUCAUCUACCGCAACAAGGCGCUCCUGGGAGCGCAGGGCUUCUCGGCGCUGCCCACGAACUGCCUGCCGCUGUCCGCGGGGUUCUUCGCGUUCGCCGUGCUCGCCAACGUCAUCAAGGACGUCCUGCCGCCGCGGUACGCGAGGUACGUGCCCCUGCCGACGGCGAUGGCAGUGCCGUUCCUCGUCGGCGCCAGCUUCGCCAUCGACAUGGUUGUGGGGACCUUGGUGGUCUUUGCCUGGCAACGGAUUGACGGCAACGAGACCACGUUGCUGGUGCCGGCGGUGGCGUCAGGCCUAAUCUGCGGUGAUGGCAUAUGGACUUUCCCGUCGUCGUUGCUUUCUCUGGCCAAGAUCAAGCCACCCAUGUGCCUGAAAUUCACACCUGGAAGCUAG